GCAAUUUAAGCCCCUGAUUGGCAAAGAAUCCUCCACUCUCUGCUCCAAAAGGUCCAAGGGAGCGAGCUUGGAGGAAACGCUGGGUUCAACUUGAAGCCCUUCUGCAGACAUUAAGUAGGUGAAAACCAUUCACCAAGAGAGGAGAAACACAAUGGCCACCAAGACAGAGUUGGGCCCCAUAGCAAGGGAGAGGAAGUAUGCCCAAGAUAAGCAAGCGGAUGAGGGACUCAUACCCAGGAAAGUUCCUAUUGUAUGUUCUACUCGCCUUGGAAUAGCCCUCAUCUUACAUUUCUGCAACUUUAUAAUGACGGCCCAAAAUGUCAUUAUGAGCAUCACCAUUGUAGCCAUGGUCAACAGCACAAGCCCUCAAUCCCAGCUCAAUGGCUCCCCUGAGGGGCUGCCUGUUGACUCAUUUGGUGACCUAAAUAAAGCCCCAAAGAGUCUUCCUGCAAAGGCUCCUGUGUAUGACUGGAGUCCUCAAAUCCAAGGCAUCAUCUUUGGUGCUGUCAGCUAUGGUGCCAUACUGACAAUGGCUCCCAGUGGAUACCUGGCUGGAAGAGUAGGAACAAAGCGAGUGGUUGGUGUUUCCUUGUUUGCAAAUUCAUUUCUCACUCUGUGCAUCCCUCCAGCAGCUGACUUUGGAAUAGCUUUCCUCAUUGUAACUCGAAUAGCCCAAGGCCUAAGCCAGGGCUCAAUACUUGGGGGACAGUUUGCAAUUUGGGUAAAAUGGGGCCUUCCACAUGAACAAAACAGACUCUGCAGCAUCGCCUUGUCAGGAAUGUUACUGGGAUGCUUUACUGCCAUCCUCAUAAGUGGCUUCAUUAUUGAUACCCUUGGGUGGCCUUUUGUCUUCUAUGUCUUUGGGGGUGUUGGCUGUGUCUGCUGCCUUACCUGGUUUGUUGUGAUUUAUGAUGACCCUGUUUCCCACCCAUGGAUAAGCACCUCAGAAAAAGAAUACAUCAUAUCCUCCUUGAAACAACAGGUCAGGUCUUCUAAGCAGCCUCUUCCCAUCAAAGCUAUGCUCAGAUCUCUACCCAUUUGGUCCAUAUGUUUAUGCUCUUUCAGCCAUCAGUGGUUAAUUAGCACAUUGGUUAUAUACAUACCAACUUACAUCAGCUCUGUGUACCACGUUAACAUCAGAGAUAACGGACUCCUAUCUGCCCUUCCUUUUAUGGUCGCCUACAUCAUCGGUGUGGUGGGAGGCUAUCUGGCAGAUUUCCUCCUAACCAAGAAUUUUAGACUCAUCACUGUGAGGAAACUUGCCACAAUUUUAGGAAAUCUCCCCUCUUCAGUACUCAUUGUGUCUCUGCCCUACCUCAGUUCCAGCUAUAUCACAGCAACUGCCUUUCUGACGCUCUCAGGUGGAUUAAGUACAUUGUGUCAGUCAGGGAUUUAUGUCAAUGCCUUAGAUAUUGCUCCAAGGCAUUCCAGUUUUCUCAUAGGAGCAUCAAGAUCAUUUUCGGGCAUGGCACCUAUCAUUGUACCCACUGUCGGUGGAUUUCUUCUUAAUCAGGACCCUGAGUUUGGGUGGAGGAAUGUCUUCUUCUUGCUGUUUGCCAUUAACCUGGCAGGAGUAAUCUUCUACUUCAUAUUUGGAGAAGCAGACGUCCAAGACUGGGCUAAAGAGAGGAAACUGACUCGUUUAUGAAGUUAUCCCACCUUGGAUGGAAAAGUCAUUAGGCAUAGUAUUUCACAAAGUAGAAGGCUUCAGCAAUGAAAAUACCAGUGAAAAGAAUUUUGUUUCCUGUGGCUCUUUUCAAAUAUGAGAUCAGUUCCUUCUUUUAUUCAAACUUCUUUUUCUAAGAGAAAUAGAUAAAUAAAAAUUCAAAUAAAAUGAUAACUAAGAACAUAGUUGUCAUCUUCAUAGAAUAAAUAAUGGAUUAAGAGAGCUUGCUCUAUGGGACCCAGUAUGUUAGAUUCCAUUUCUGGAUACAAGAACCAAUGUUUUAAAACUUUUAAUCCAGGGUAGCAACAUCACUAAAACAAUGAUAGUUCUUGUUUGUGAAAAUUAACAUUAAUUUCUAUUUGUUGGGUUGUAUAUUGUCCAUGUGUUCUUCUCUGUAUGGUCUCCAUUUAUUUCCAUCCUGCUCAGGCCCCAGAUGCUGACCCAUACAGACUGCAUCCUGUACUCCCUUGUCGAUUGGCUUCUGAUAGAUUUUACAUAGGUAGGGUUAGGGAGUAUUUAUAUCUGACAGUCUCUCCUUUGGGGUCUGCAGGCGGCUUUCUAUUACAGUUCAUGGCUCCUGGAAGGCAGCCCUUUCCACAUGUUACAGUAACUUCUCUCUUCUCUGUCCCUUCAGCCUUUUUUAUUUGCAUUUAUUUUUCAAGCUGUGGGGUUCUCCAGAAUCUCUUGUGGUUUCCCUGCCACCUGCCUACUCCUGUGUAAAUUGUGAUUUUCAACACUGUCCACAAACUACCCAGUGUAAGUCUGUCAUUUUUCUUCUUCUGAGAUCCAAAUAAUUCAGUAGUUCAAUCAUUUAGCUCAAAUAUGAAUGAAUUCGUAUUUUUGUAAAAUGGCAAUUUGUGGGUGUUAGUGAGUUCAGGAAUUGGGUUGUUGUGGGUUGACCACUGUUCUGAUUUCCACCAUGUAGAUUAAAGAUUAGAGCCAUUGAGUCAUUGCAUAUAGAGGCAAUGUGAUAGACAAUAAUUCUGAGUGAAAAAUCAGGACAAGCAUUUAGAGGGCCAAGCUUGAAUAAACACAAUAAUUACUGAGAUCUUGUUAUUUUCCAGACUCUGUAAUCUUGGGACACUGGUGUAAAGGAGGCACAGUCAUUCUUCUCCAUUCUAAUGUGGAGGACAGACACAAUAACUGAGAGCACUACACUGUUGUAGGUACACAUGUAGGGCAUCAUGAAAGACCAGAUGAGUUCUGAUUCCAAGCUGAAGAACACAGAGGCGAUCUCCUUCAGUCAGUAAUUCCCAAGCUAAAUGUUGGGUGAGUAGUAUUAUGGUAAGAUUUUCUACACUGGAGCCCAACUUGUACAAAAGAGUAAAAGCAAGAAGCAGGAUGGAUUCUGAAGGGAAUCACUUGCCCGCAUGAUCAGUUAAGAAAGGAGAGAUGGGUAUAGGGAAGUGGGAGUGGCCAGAGUAAGGAAGUCUUGUUUGCUGUGUUAGGGAGUUGAAGGUGUAACCUACAAGCAAUAUGACAGGCAUCAUAGCAAUACUGACAUGGGCAGAUUUUCUCUCUAGAUAGAAAACUCUGACCUAAUUUGAGAAUCAAGAAGAUCAUCUGUGCAGUGGUCUACACAGCAGUGGUGAGGACUGAACUCACCUCAGCAGUGGUGAGGGCAGAAAAAGCUGAGAUGAAGACGAGAAGAGAGACAUGAAAAAUGUCAUAAGACAGAACUGGAAGAUCAUGAUAUUUGACUAGAUGGAUGCAGGAGAAGAAAGAUGUCAAGGAGUCCUGGGUCUCUGACCCGAGAGAAUGAAUAGAGAGUGGUCUGAACAACUAAGCCAGGGAAUGUAGCAAAAUGAGCCCUUUUCAGGCAGGAGGAUCAUGAUUUGACUUUGGGACAUGUUGACUUAGUGGUAAUAGUGGGAUAAUCAUGUGAGCAUGUGUAUUAGCUUCCUGGGGUUGCUCUAACAAUGUGCCACCAACUAAGUUGCUCAAACAAAGUAAUUUAUUAUCUUAAAUCUCUAGAAGUUCAAAAUCAAGGUGUUGCAUGGUUGGUUCCUUUUAAGAACUUUGAGGAUGAAUCUGUUCUAGGUCUUUUUUAUUCUUUCAGCUUCUGGUAGGCUCAGACAUCUUUUGGCUUGUAGUUGGCCUUCUCCCUGAGUCCUCACACCAUCUCUUCUCUGUACACAUGUGUCUCUGUAUCCAAAUGUCCUGUUUUUAUAAGGACAUCAGUCAUAUUGCAUCAAGGUCUAUUCUAGUGACAUCAUCUUAACUUGAUCAUCUGCAAAGACCCCAUCUUCAAAUACAGUCACAUUCACAGACACUGAGGAUUAGGACUUCAACAUAUUUUGAGGGAACAUAAUUCAAGCCACACAGCAAGCUCAACAAGGGGCCAGAUCAUUAAUCUGAAACUUAGCAGAAAGAGAGUGAACUGAAGAAAAAGAUAAAGACAAAAAAUGCAUAUGGUCAGUACUGAAGACCUGAGCUUAGACCAAAUGGCUCAAGAAGAGCCCGUGAAUGGAAAAGCACAAGCCAAGCUAAGACAGAAUGCCAACAUCUAAGGAGGGGCAAAAAAAGAAAUGUCCACAAAUAUCAGAGGUGAAAGAGUCAGGUGUGUACAUGUGAAAAAUAAUAGGAGAGUACAGCUCUCAUUGAAAACUCCCGGAUGUGGCUUUUUUUUUUGAGAUGGAGUCUCUUUCUGUUGCCUAGGCUGGAGUGCAAUGGUGCAUUCUCAGCUCACUGCAACUUCUGCCUCCUAGGUUCAAGAAAUUCUCCUGCCUCUCAAGUAGUUGGGAUUAUAGGUAUGCACAACCAUGCUCAGCUAAUUUUUGUAUUUUUAGUAGAGAUGGGAUUUCACCGUAUUGGUCGGGCUAGUCUUGAACUCCUGACCUCGUGGUCCACCUGCCUCAGCCUCCCAAAGUGCUGGGAUUACAGUCAUGAGCCACCGUGCCCAGCCAACAUGGCCUUUUAAGAAAGAAGACUGAUCAGCAAUAACAAGUGAAGUGAAAAAGUUCAAGUAGAUGAGGUCAGAAAAGGAACUCAGUCACCUGUGAUCAGGAAUUCUUGGUCGCUUUUUCAUGGUACGUUUAGCAGAUAAAUGAGUGCACAGGUCAGUGUGCAGUUUGUUGGGGAGUGAAGCGGAAUGAGAAGGUAGAGAGAGUAAGAGAAAUAUUUUCACAAAAUUUGGUAAAGGAAAUGGGAAUACAGCAGAGAGGGAUGCAUACUUCAUGAGCUGGUAUUUCGCCACACCAUCUGAAUGUAGAAUCCUGAAGGAAGGAGGGCACUUGAGAACGUUCUCUCAAAGUGUGGGUCUCACCCCAUUUUUUUUUAUUGUGCUUUAAGUUCUGGGGUAAUGUGCAGAUCUUGCAGGAUCGUUGCAUGGGGGCACUCAUCUCAUUGUUGUUCUAACCAAGGGCAAGGGAGUGCUCCCCUUCUGCUCUUCAUAUGUGCUCACCUUCAUCACAUUUCAGUUUCUCCAUUUGGGGAUGUUUGUCCAGAAGUGACCAGGUUCUUUCAGUAAAGAUCCAGUUACCUGGCACACAUAUGACCAUCUUAGGAUGGAUUUCUGUUUGUUAUUCUUUUCUCUAUGGUUGUUUUUAUCCAUACACUCCGACCUCCCUUCCCAUGACCUCAUGUUCAGAAAUCAUUACUGAGCACACACACAGCUUCUAGUGCAGCAUCUUUCAUCUAGUCGUUUUUAAUGUGAAUUUUUAAAUAUGUAUAAUCCACAUGAUACUGAGAGUAAACUGCUUAAAGGUAAAACUAGGGAGCUGUUUUAUUAAGACAGGAAAAUUUUAGGUGAUAUUCAAAGACAAUGAUAUGCAUUGUGAAACCUUUGUUUCCCCAGGCAAUAUCAACCUUGGACAGGGAUCAGGGAAUGAUUCACAUUUAGAGGGGGGAAAAUUGUCUAUGUGACUCGAGUCACAGUUUGCUUCUGUAAAAUCUUCAGCCUCCAACGAAGCUCAAAUAUUUUGGGGAAUCCUAAUGAAGGACUCAUUUUUAUGAGUUUUGUGUUAUCACUGCAAUGUCAAGAUUGUGUGCAAAGUCAAUACAAAAUUUAAAACCAAUUCCAAUAUGUUCACUUGAUUUACUCUUUUCCAUUAUUUGGAUAUCCCAUUACACAGGCACAGUGGAUGAUUUAAGUAUUCCAGGAAGUUGUUCCUAUGCCAAGGUAGCUAGCAAUAAUAAUAAACCACAUAAAUGUAUCCCAAAUUUUAGUCCUAACGAAUUACAUUCCCACUGCAGCUUUCCCUUCACCAUAUCAUGAAAUUCCAAGAACCAUUCCAUGAACAUAGUAUCCAAUAGGAUGGAGACAGUAACUUUAAACAAUUGUGGUUAAAAUAUCUUACUUCUAGAAAUUUUCAAAAAUAUGACACUAUGUAAACAUAUCAGUAGCGUCCUCUUCCCCACCAGGACCUUGGAAAUGGUCCAUGCCAAUGAAAGAUCUUUAACCUUGUCAAUCAGCUAAAAUCCUGAUGUUCCUGGGCUGAGCCAUGCUUCUUUGAGCCUUCAGUGUCAGUAUUUAAUGAAUAUCUGGUGAACUAAAUUGAAGCACUGGCAUCUUCCAAUUUUCUCUCUCCAAUUCACUGCAUGAGUUGCCGAGCAGAACUGCUUUGUCUAUAAUGUCUUGGAGAAGUUUUCGGUAAAGCCGCUCCUUUAGUUCUUACCCACCGGCCACCCUCUUCCAGAGAUCCUAACGUCUGAACCAUACAUUCACUUUUACUCUUCCAUUUUCUAUUUACUGUACCAUUGUCAAUAGAUCACUAAUAGCGAAAUUGUGUGUCUGCCUUCAUUAUUCCUUUGCGUAACUUUCUUAGGGAUUUUCCUAGUUCCCAGGGACUCUCUAGUCACUAAUGAAGAAGCUCCUAGUGACUCCUAUUCUACUGGACUUCUCCAUGCACCAGGCAUGUAUCGAUGUUAUUGAAUAUUAGAGAUGAAAAUAGCUGGGUUUGGUCUGAGACAAUCCCCACAUUAACUAUAGGUUCAGUAUAUGUGCGGAAGUGCAGAAAUAAAUCAAUCUAGAGGUUCUUUCCCAUCAAAGUUUAAAAAUACUCAGUUGUAUUCAGUUAUUAUAGCACACACUCAAUAUUCCACCCAUAUCCCCUCAGCUCCUUUUACCAUUUCGCUACGUACCAAAUCCUGAUGAGCUUUCUUUUGUUCCCAACACCCAGAACCUACUUUUUCUGUUAGCAGGCUCCCUCAGACUGCAGGAGCCAUUUUGCUUGCCAACUGGGUGUGCCUGGGAAUUGGUAUCUGCCUGAGAAUAGCCCUCAGUUAUGUCAUCACUACACAGAUAUAAAUGAUCUAACACCCUUGCUUCUGCUUGGCAAGCAAGGUCCACACUAUCUCCAGAAUCCCCUAAGAACUGAACUGGACCUUACUUUAUAUCCUUUCC